AUGUCUUCGUCAAUUUCGAAAACUUUGUCCGUAGUCUUCUCUUUCCUUCUUGUACACUCUGCGAUUUGCUUUGAGUUCAACAUCUCUCGCUUCAAUCCCUCCGCAAAUGAUGUACCGUAUGAGGGAGAUGCGAAGGCUACGGACGGAGCGAUCCAGUUGACGAGUCCGCACUAUUCUAGCCACGUGGGCCGGGUCACAUACAACCCGAAAAUCCGGCUAUGGGACUCCGGUUCCGGGAAGCUUGCCCACUUCACUACCCACUUCCAGUUCACCAUCAACACGCUCGGUCGUCCGUAUGGCAAUUACAGUGCCGGGCUCGCAUUUUUCAUGGCGCCCGUGGGAUUUCAAAUUCCCGUCAAUUCGGUAGGCGGGUUUCUGGGCCUGUUCAACACCACGGAUAACAACUCGUCCAAGAAUCAAAUCAUACACGUCGAGUUCGACACUUUUGUGAACCCAGAAUGGGACCCCAAUUAUGAGCAUGUCGGAAUCAAUAAGAACUCAAUUGCUUCAAGCGUUACCACUCCUUGGAAUGUCACUUACCAUAGCGGAGAUCCUAUCCGCGCACGGAUUGACUAUAACGCCUCCACCAUGAACUUGAGUGUGUCAUGGAGCUCUCGGACAAUGGCACACCCCCACGAGAGCACAAGUCUCUGGUACAAGAUCGAUCCGAGGACAGUCCUUCCCGAGUGGGUCGUGGUCGGAGUUUCGGCCGAGACCGGCAUUUACAUAGAAGAACACACACUUCAUUGGUGGGAUUUCCAAUCGAGUUUACCCGUGGAGGAACCGAGUGGUGGGCAUCGAAAAAGGGUUGGCCUGAUACUUGGGUUAACAAUUCUGCUCGGCGCUAUGGUUGCAGCUUUAGCAUUAUUAAUCAUGCGGAGGAGGAAGCAAAAGAGGAUGGAGAAGUUAGCAGAGAUGACGAUGCCGACAUCCAAUAACGAUGACUUUGAAAAACGUCCCGGACCGAGGAAGUUUCCCUACCAAGACCUUGAUUCAACAACUAACAAUUGA